UUAGGACAAAAGGUUAGUAAUGUCAGGUUAUCUCCAUUUAUGGAUCAUUGGGGCGGCUCCCAAAAUGUAGGAACUGGUACAGGACAAGCAGCCAAUAUUUUAUCAAAUUCAUUUGAAAAAGUUUAUGGAAUUGAUUUAUCAUCAAUAAUGUUACAAAAUGCAAUUUAUAAAUCAAAUAUUCAAUAUUUAAUUGGAAAAGCUGAAGAUUUAUCAUAUUUUGAAGAUUCUUCAAUUGAUUUAUUAACAGUUGCAGGAGCUUUUCAUUGGUUUGAUUUAAAAAAAUUUUUUUUGGAAUCUUUUCGUGUAUUGAAACCAAAUGGAACUUUAGCCAUUUGGGCUUAUAAGUAUGGUAUUUUUAAAAAUGCUCCUAUUGCAACUAAAUUAUCAAGAGAAUUUCGUAUGAAUCUUUUGGGUCCUUAUUUUGAGAAAGGUAUAUAUACAGUUAAUAAUUUCUAUAAAGAUAUUAAAUUUCCUGAAGAAUUGUAUCAAAAUGUUCAAUGGGAAAUAUAUGAUGAAGAAAAUAAUGAUGAUAAGAAUCAACAUAUCGUAGUUAAUUGGAGUCUUUCUCAAUAUGGAAAUUAUUUGAGGACAAUAAGUGCUUAUUCGAAUUAUUUAGAGAAACAUCCAAACGAUAAGGAUCCUGUCGAUGAACUAAUUUCUAAUAUGAAAAAAGCUGAAGGUUGGCAUGAAGAUGAAUUGUUGCCAAUAUCUUUUUGUAGUGUAUUGAUUUUAGCUGAAAAGAAGUCAUGA